GUUUAAAAACAAGUAUGGAAGUGUCCGAGGUCCUCAGAGACUUGGGGCAGUUGAUGGAGAAGUAGCUCGUCGGUGCCCCAGGCUGCUAAGCUCUCGCUGCCUUCAUUGCCGCGGCGCGGCCGCAGGGCCAUGCUGGCUUCGCGGGUGGCGCGUGGCUCGUGGGGUGCCCUGCGCGGAGUCGCUUGGGCGCCGGGGGUGCGGCCGGGCAAGGGGCGCGCCCUCGGGGCCCUGCUGCCGCCCGCACCUAUCUGCCUGGGGUGCCUGGCGGAACGCCGGUGGUUGCGCCCGGCCGCGUUCGGCCAGUGGCUGCCUGGGGCAGUCCCGCGGAGCCACUGUUCAGGCGCGGGGAAGGCGGCGCCCGGGCCCGCGGCCGGAGAGGGUGCCGCCGCCAAGGCCCGGGGCGGCCGGUGGGGCCCAGGGAGCGCCGCCAGCCUGUAUGAAAACCCGUGGACAAUCCCAAAUAUGUUGUCAAUGACGAGAAUUGGCUUGGCCCCAGUUUUGGGCUAUUUGAUUAUUGAAGAAGAUUUUAGUAUAGCGCUAGGAGUUUUUGCUUUAGCUGGACUAACUGAUUUGUUGGAUGGAUUUAUUGCUCGAAACUGGGCCAAUCAAAAAUCAGCUUUGGGAAGUGCUCUUGAUCCACUUGCUGAUAAAAUACUUAUCAGUAUCUUAUAUGUUAGCUUGACCUAUGCAGAUCUUAUUCCAGUUCCACUUACUUAUAUGAUAAUUUCAAGAGAUGUAAUGUUGAUUGCUGCUGUUUUUUAUGUCAGAUAUCGAACUCUUCCAACACCGCGAACACUCUCCAAGUAUUUCAAUCCUUGCUAUGCCACUGCUAGGUUAAAACCAACCUUCAUUAGCAAGGUAAACACAGCAGUCCAGUUAAUCUUGGUGGCAGCUUCUUUGGCAGCUCCAGUUUUCAAUUAUGCUGACAGCAUUUAUCUUCAGAUACUGUGGUGUUGCACGGCUUUCACCACCGCUGCAUCAGCUUACAGCUACUAUCAUUACGGUCGGAAAACGGUUCAGGUGAUAAAAGACAGUUGAAGGUCAUGCAUCAUUGUUAGCAAGGAAGCAAUAUACAUCAUCGGCGGCAGGGCCAGGAGAAAUCUACAGGAGUUUCCCUCUUUUGGUGUUCAGCUUGAAAAAGGACUUGUCACAACAAACCAUGUCAUCGAUAUUUAAGUAAUGGCAUUGAAAAUAAGCUUGAUCAUGGGCAUAUGCAGAAUUUUCAAUGUAUUUUUAAAUACAAAUAAAACUAUCAUUUAGAAUUUUUUAAGUUUCUUGAUUAGCUUAUAAGGAAACAAUUAACUCCAAUUAUUGUCAGUCAUUUUUUAAAUGUUUUUUAAAAAAAUAGUCCAAAGCAUGGAAAUGUCUCUUUAAUAAAUUUUAGAUUGCCCACAAAGCACUAGGGAAUUUCCUGCAUUUAAAUAUAUAGGCUAUACAACGUGGCUACACAAUUUUAUGUUUAAUUUGAUUGGUGUACAUAUUAAUAGUUCCUGUGGUUAAUAUUUAAUCAUUUAGGAUAAUGACAGUAAAGGUAGCUUAGUUGUAGAUGGAGUAACCUUAUAAAGGGGUUAU